AUGGACUCCCCGGGACGCCAGUCCGGCACCAGCCUGGCCGACCUGAUACGCACAUCACAGCUUCUUACCGAUCGGUACAGUACUGUUGCCAAUAGCCUCAAUACGGCACCGGUGACGCUGUCUGAUCUCGCCAAAGAAUGUCGCGCCGUGACAGAUGCUCUCCGACGAUUCAAGUACCUGCGCGAAACGAUACCGGAAACCCUCGUUUUCGAUCCAGUCCUUCUCGACCAAUCCUGCCAGGAUGCCUUGGACUCGAUCAACACAGACUUGUCGUCUCUCGACUUCUACAGUACGCGAAUUCGCCCGGCGACGAGCGAUAGUGCUGUCGACAUGUCCUCGGGACAAAUUACCAUCAUUUGGAACGAAGACUCUCUCAGGCAAAUCCAACGCCAGCUCAAGACCAACCGUCAAUCUCUUACAUUUCUUCUUAAUUGUGUUCCAAGCGAACAUGUGACAUCCAAAAACCACUCCACAUUCAUGCACUCAUCCCGCCUAGUGUCAUGGGAUUGUGCGAUCAGCCCGGCAGUACUCAACAAAGGUAGUCGACUGCGUCUAUCUACCAUCGGUCCGCGACCAAGGCCAGAGGCAGAAACCACCCCCGUCAAUGAUUCCUUCGAAGUUCGUUCGGCUUUGAAGAGACUCAGACCACCGCCGGGCAUACUAUACAAGCAGAGCAUGAGGACAACAAAAGACUUACACGAUGCAAUCGAUCGUGGAGACGAAGCCGCCGUGGUAAAGCUCCUGUUACAGCGCAUCGAUCCGAAUGCGCCUCGCUUUGGCUCGAAACUUUGCCCUCUUCGUCGAGCUUUGAAUCGCCAAAUUCCAUCUCUAGUAACUUUCAUAGCUAUCGCCGGAGCAGAUCUCGAGAGUAGAGGAGACGAGGGCGACACAAUCUUGAUCACGGCAAUCAAGUAUGGAUACUCCGAGAAGGUCGUCUCGCUAUUGUGCGAACUCGGUGCAGAUGUGAAUGCCGUCGAUACUCUGGGGUGCUCGCCAGUCCACUACGCCGCCAUGUCAGCCAAAGACGAUGACACCUUGGAGGUGCUCAUCCGCGCUGGGGGCGAGGUUGACCGCAGGGAUUUGGGAACACGAACGCCUCUUAUAGCGGCUGUUCAAAAUUACCGCUUCAACGCUAUCGAAAAGCUUCUCGAAUAUGGUGCGGACCUGGAAGCCCGACUACAAAAUGGCAGAACAGCGCUCCAUGUCGCCAUAUCUAUGAGAAGCAGCCCGAUGACGGAGUUCCUAUCAGAUCAGGGCGCCUACCUCGACCGACGUGUCAAUGAGCACACCGCCUUGACGUACGCAAUAUCUACAGCUUGUCCGGAUAUCGCUGAGGUGCUGAUAGGGGCCGGGGCCGACGUUAACUUGCCGAGCUCGAAGGGCAACUUUCCGUUGCUCGCGGCUGCCUCAGCCGGGGACUUACGCACCAUGAAGCUUCUCCUCUCUCGUGGUGCCAAUUUUGAUGCUACCGGUAGCGAGGGGUACCUACCCAUGCACAUGGCAGCCCACAAGAAUCGAGUCGAGGUGCUGCAACUUCUCUUUAAAGCUGGAUCACAGAUUGACCCAACGACAGAACAUGGAGAGACGCCUCUCACCAUCGCGAUGCACUUGGGAUGCUUCGAGGCUGCUCAAUUUCUGAUCGAGGUCGGUGCUGAGGUAGACCACUCCGCUCCUGGAGCAGAGAGAAUCAUAUGCCAAGCUCUCAAAGCCGGCAACACGCGAAUUGCAAUCGCCCUCAUCCGAGGUGGUGCAGAUCUCACAACCCCGUUGUUGCGAAACUCCAGCAUGACGCCGCUACAUCUUGCAGCCCACUACGGACAGAACGACGUGCUUGCGACGAUGAUCAGUACGGGCGUCGACCUCGAUACUAGGACCUGGCCAGGGUUCACCCCACUCUUCGCUGCCGCAAGGGCAGGGCACCUCGACACUGUGCGACUUCUCCUCGCCGCCGGGGCGUACCUCAGAGCUCGAUCAAUGUCAGGGGCGAACCUGAUGUUCUUCGCCACAGCGCAUCCCGCAAUGAUCAAGCUUCUGAUAGAACUUGGAUUAGAUGUUCGUGAGCGCGAUCAUCACGGCGCAACACCGCUACAUUAUGCGGCUGUCAAGGGUCAGUAUACGACAGUGAAGCUGUUGUUACAAAAUGGCGCGAGGUUGGUUCAUGCCAGCGCCGUCUUCGAGUCUCUUCAAGACUAUAAAACGAAAGCGAAGUAUCGCCAAGGCACUGCUGCAGGCCUUGCUAGACAGAAAGGCCACAUGAAACUUGCGCGACUUAUUGAGGGGUGGAAGUUCAAAACUUGA